AUGAUCUAGUACACUUAUUCGAUAGGAUUUAGUACACUUAAUUUACGAACAGAAGAUAUUUUGUUUCUAUCCGGUUUCACUAAGUUAUGCCUGAGCUAAACUCAAUCAUAGUUUCAAAAGAGCUACAUAAAUCCAGCUGCUAUUUUUGUUCAAACUAAAAAGAGUUACUCAUAAAAUUUAUUUCAAGGCGAGAAGAAUUUAGUGAGAAUCUCUUCGAACAAAUCAAGUGAUGUGGGAGAUUAUUCACUCAUUAUAAUGAUUUUUAACUAGUAUAAUCAACAACUUAUUCAAACUAAAAAUAUUUAAAUCGUAAUAUUUGAUGACAUUGAGGACUCAAUCAAAAUACUACAGCAGUUUCAUCCCAAGCCAAAUAAGACUGUUUCAGUUAAUGAUAACUCUAGUAGCAAGGUUGAAGUUAUAGAAGCUAAAGUGAGCUCUAAUUCGACUAAUAAGAUCGAAAGUUAUCCCAAUGAUAAUGAUAAUAAAAUUGAGGAGAAGUCUAAAGUUUCUAAGCCUAAUUACUAAUAUGAUUAAAAUAAUGAUAAUAAUGACGACGAUGAUUAUAGCAAUUUUCCUCAAUAUAAAAUUAACUCUAAGAAAGAAUUCUUAUAUCCACCAGUAAUAGGUUGGAAAGAGAAUAUGACCAUAAACUUGACUAAAGGAGAGGUAGUUAAGCUGCAUUAUCCUUUUCAAUCUUAUUAAAAUAAGAAGUGGCUUAAGAUGCAUACUAUUAUUAAUCAUACUUUAGAAUAUUGUGAUAGCACCAAAGAACUAUAUAAGGAUUCUUUUAGUAUCUUUUAAGACUAUGUAUUUUUGACAGGUGCAUAUGAUUUUUUAGUAGAGAUAGUUAUAGAAUCAAUAAAGGAAAAGACUAAUUAACUUUACAUCAAUGAAAACCUAUACACUCAGAGUACCUCGAAUUUAAAAUAGUAUACUAUGACUCUAGAAAUAACUAAACCUGAGGAAAUAAUCAAUAAAAAAACUUAGAAACUCUUAAGUAAUUUGGUUAAAAAAUAAGUUAAGUUGCUUAUAAAUACUAAGAGCUUGCAAUAUCUCUGGAGUUAUCUAAACACGAUUCAAAUACUAGGCUUCAUGCCCCUUAUAGGGUUUGAUAUGCCUGACUUCCUUGUCAUAUUCUUUUAGAACAUCAAUAAAUUCAACUUCAUGAUGAUAGAUAUGGGUGAUUACUUAACUGAUAAACUAGAUCUCAGACCUUUUUUGAUUAAGAUUAAAUUACUCAAAGAGUAUAUUUUACUUAAGAAAUUCGCUGAUAAGAUGAACAAACUCAUGAAAUAUCAACUGAUUAUUUGCUUGAUAAACUCAACAUUUUUGAACAUUUUAACUGGAGGUCUGCUUAAUUUACUUGCAUUUAACUUUCAGACUAAUGGAGAGGGAUUUUCCUCUAUUUUAAGUCUAAUUAUUACUGCAAUUUUAUUCUUUUACUUAAUGCUAACUGUAAUCUACCUUGUGAGAUAUAAGAAUAAACUGGAUGAUCCAUAAAUCGAGUAAAAAUAUGGUGAGCUAUAUGAUGGUUUGAAAUUAAAGGGAGAUAAGCAUGAAUAGUUGUACAACCAGCUUAUAAUGUUGAGAAGAUUUUUAUUUACUAUAUUUGUCUUUGUGUUUCAAGAUUACAAUCUUAUUAAAUAUUGCUUAUGUGUUGUCUAUCUUGGAUGUUUUUUCUUCAUUUAUGUGGCUUACCUGAAUCCUUUGGAAAAUAGAAUUCAAAAUGGUCUAGAAAUAUACAAUCAACUUAUAGUAUUUUUGUGCUUCCUAUUCUCUGCACCAAUGGUUAUGAAUGAUUCUCAUCAGGACGAUUCCAAUUCUGAUAUUGUUGUUUUCUCAGCCUACAUUAUAGUUGGAUUAUUCGUGAUGCUUGGAGCUAUGAACAUUCUAUACUAGGUUAUUUAAGUUGUGAAAAGUUUAAGAUCUAGUUAUAAAAAAUGGAAGCUUAAGAAAAAGAAGUAAAACUAGGUAGUUCAUUUUGAUGAGAACACUCAAAAAAUUUCUAAUUCCUCAAUCAAAACUAACGAGGAGUUAACUAAUCGAAUAGUAGAUGACGAUUACUCAAAUAGAAUUCCUGAUUCUCUAAAAAGGCUAAAGUCUAUAUCAAUUGGUAAUGAGGAUGAGAAACAAAAAGAAAACUUGAACGAUUCUGGUAAAAAUGAGAGCAUUGACUUGUCAAAGCUUUAUAAUUCAUUUGAGAAUCAUUAAGAUGUGAAAUAAAAUAACCGAAUAAGGAUAUCAAAUUAAGUAAGGGGAUCAAUUCUUAAGGUAUCAAUCUAAGCUUAGCUUUAGGAUGAAAUAAAAGAAGCAACAGAGGAAUAUAUUAUUACUGACACUAUUAAUAAAAACAGCAAUGCACACUAUCUUUUAGAAGAAAAUCACAAGCCAGUUUAAGCUGACACUAAAAUUUAAAAACUUAAAAAGUUAAAAGGAAAAUAAAAAAGCCUUAAAUCUAAAAAGAAAAAUAUCAAGAUUAAAAUUCCAAGUGAAAGUCCUUAUGAUAAAUAAUCCCAAGGAAGCACUAGUAAGAAUCUUAAGACUCCUAAGAAAAUAACUGAUUUCACCUAAAUGAAAUGA